CCCGGCCGGCCGGGCCCGGGGCAGGGGCAGCAGCAUGGACGUGACCAUCUCCGAGCUCAUGGAGCUCUUCCUGCAGAGCCCGCUCGUCACCUGGGUGAAAACGUUUGGACCGUUUGGAAGUGCUAACGAAGACAAAUUGACUAUGUAUAUGGAUCUAGCGGAUGGCAUCUUUUUAAACAAAAUCAUGUUGCAAAUAGACCCAAGACCAACAAACCAGCGAGUUAACAAGCACGUCAACAAUGAUGCAAACCUUCGAAUUCAAAAUCUCACCAUUUUGGUCAGAAACAUCAAGACUUACUACCAGGAAGUCCUCCAACAGCUGAUUGUGAUGAAUUUACCGAACGUAUUGAUGAUUGGCAAAGACCCUCUAUCUGGUAAGAGUAUGGAUGAAAUUAAGAAGGUGCUGCUGUUGGUACUGGGCUGUGCUGUUCAGUGUGAAAGAAAAGAGGAGUUUAUUGAAAGAAUCAAGCAACUGGAUAUUGAGACCCAGGCCGGGAUUGUCGCACACAUUCAGGAGGUGACCCACAACCAGGAGAAUGUGUUUGACCUGCAGUGGUUGGAGCUCCCAGAAAUGGCUCCAGAAGAGCUGGAGGCCCUCUCAAGGAACAUGGUGUUUCACCUCAAAAGGCUUAUUGACGAGCGGGAUGAGUGCACAGAGUUGAUAGUGGAUCUCACUCAAGAAAGGGACUAUCUGCAAUCCCAGCAGCCACUCAGCCCUGUAGUCUCCUCCAGUGCAGACUCCACCCCCAGCCCAACCAGCAGCCUCUCCAGCGAGGACAAGCAGCACUUGGCUGUAGAGCUGGCAGACAACAAGGCCAAACUAAGGAGGCUCCGACAGGAACUGGAAGAGAAAUCGGAACAGCUUGUGGACUCCAGGCAUGAAGGUGAACAACUAAUUCUGGAACUGCAGAAAAUCAAGCAGGAGAAUGUCCACCUUGCAGCUGAUGCCCGAUCUGCCCGGGCCUAUCGUGAUGAACUGGAUUCCUUGAGGGAGAAGGCAAACCGAGUAGAGAAACUGGAGACGGAGCUGAUCAGAUGUAAAGAGAAACUGCAUGAUGUGGAUUUCUACAAGGCUCGCAUGGAGGAGCUACGGGAAGAUAAUAUCAUUCUAAUUGAAACCAAGGCAAUGCUGGAGGAACAGCUCACAGCAGCACGAGCCAGGGGUGAUAAAGUGCAUGAACUGGAGAAAGAAAACUUGCAGCUGAAAUCCAAACUUCAUGACCUGGAACUGGAUCGGGACACUGAUAAGAAGCGAAUUGAGGAACUUCUAGAAGAGAACAUGGUGCUAGAGAUUGCUCAGAAGCAGAGUAUGAAUGAAUCAGUUCACCUGGGCUGGGAAUUAGAACAGCUUUCCAAAAAUGCUGAGCUCUCGGAUGCAUCCAGGAAGUCGUUUGUGUUUGAGCUGAAUGAGUGUGCAUCGAGUCGCAUUUUGAAGCUGGAAAAGGAGAACCAGAGUCUUCAGAAUACCAUCCAGGAGCUGAGGGAUGCCUCCCUAAUGGUGGAGGAAAACAACCUGAAGUUUGUGGAACUGGAAAAGGAAAAUCACCAGCUUGGCAAAAAGAUUGAAAAGUUGCAAAGCCAGCUUGAAAGGGAGAAACAGAGCAACCAAGAUUUGGAGACCUUAAGUGAAGAACUGAUCAAAGAGAAGGAGCACCUGCAAGGUGACAUGGAGGUCGUGAGAGCUGAUAAAGACAGACAGAUAAAAGACCUGGAACAAGAGAAGGACCACCUCAAUCAAGUGGUUUGGUCACUGAGAGAACGAUCCCAGGUCAGCAACGAGGCUCGUGUGAAAGGCAUCGAGAAAGAGAACAAAGCCCUCCAUGAGACAGUGACUGAGACAAGCAGCAAGCUCAAUAAGGCGGAGUUUGAAAAGAAGCAGCUGCUCAAGGACUUUGAGCAAGCAAAAGAAAAAGUGGAGCGGGUCGAGGAAAUAGAGAAGGAGCUUCACCGGUUAGAACGAGAAAAUGAGAAGCUGACCAAGAAAGUCACCUCCAUGAAAAUAGUCACGGAGAAGGUAGAUGCCCUGGAGCAGGAAAACGGGGGCCUGGAAGUGGAGAACAGGAAGUUGCGGAAAUCACUAGACACGUUGCAGAAUGUCUCUGUCCGACUCGAAGGCUUGGAGCACGAAAACAAGCAGUUGGAUGAAGAAAACUUGGAGCUGCGCAAGAUGGUGGAGGCUAUGCGUUUCACAAGUACCAAGAUGGCACAGAUAGAGGCUGAAAACAAAGAACUUGAGAGGGAAAAGGAAGAGCUCAGGAAAAACGUGGAACUGUUGAAAACCUUGAGCAAGAAGUCAGACAGGCUGGAGCUGAGCUACCAGAGCCUGAGCACGGAAAAUCUGAGGCUUCAGCAAAUCGUGGAGAACAGCAACAGGAAGUCUCAGGACCUGGAGCGAGAGCUUGGGGAAUUGGAAGCAGAAAACCAGGUCCUGCAGAGAAGUUUUGAGGAGCUGAAGAUGACCAACAAGCAGCUUGAAAGAUUUGAGAAGGAGAAGAAAGUGCUGGAGCAGGAGGUGGGCCAGCUGGAGAAAGAGAAAAAGACGCUGGAGAAGGAAGCCAAACGACUCUGGCAGCAGGUGGAGCUCAAGGAUGCCAUUUUGGAUGACAACACGGUCAAACUGGCCACCGCCGAGAAGGAAAACAAAACACUAGAAAAAGAAAUUGCUCGAUUUAGGGACUCCACUAGCAGGCUGAAAGAGCUGGAAAAGGACAAUAAAGACUUGGUCAAGCAAGUUACCAUUCACACACGCACACUAACCACCCUGAGAGAGGACUUGGUCCUUGAGAAGCUAAAGAGUCAACAACUCUCCAGUGAACUAGACAAACUGAGCCAGGAGCUGGAGAAGUUUGGAUUUGACAAAGAACUGCUAUUGGAGGAUGAUAACAGUAAUGAUAACAAAAAACAUAAGUUUCUGGAGAGCAGAAACGAAUCCUCACUAAAAUCAGCACUAAGCAUGAAGGAAGACAAGAUUGUGUUUUUAGAAGCUCGGGUGGAAGAGACUGUGAGCUUGAAUCAUCAAUUACAGAAUGAGUUGAAAAUGGCGAAGGAGAACUAUGAAAUUCUCAAACGGACUCAGGAGGAAGGGAGACUCUUGCAGAACUCGGAAAAGGGGUUAUCUCCUGACCAGGUAAAAGAGAACUGGACCCCGGGACAGAGAGAAGCAACACUGGAGCUGCUGAAAGUGAAAGACAGAGCAAUAGAGCUGGAACGGAAUAAUGCUGCCCUGCAUGCAGAGAAACAGCUGCUUAAGGAGCAGCUCAAGCAUUUGGAAACCCAGAAUGUGUCCUUCAACAGUCAGAUCCUGACACUCCAGAAGCAGAGCGCCUUCCUCCAAGAACAUAACACAGCACUGCAGACCCAGACAGCCAGCCUCCAGGUGGAGAAUUCAACCCUGAGCUCUCAGAGUGCUUCUCUUAUGGCUCAAAACACUCUGCUCCAGAACCAGCAGACGGCUAAGGAGAAUGAGAAUGAGAGUAUACUGAAGCAAAAGGAGCAGAUGAAGGCAGCCUAUGAGUCCCUGCUUCAGGAUCACCAGCACCUCGGUGCAUUGCACGAACGACAGUCCUCUGAAUAUGAGAGGCUGAUAAACCAGCACAGCUGCCUGAAGACCCUGCACAAAAAUCUGGAAUUGGAACACAAGGAAUUGGGGGAAAGGCACAACAAUGUUAUGAAACAUAAGUCCGAAUUGGAAGAACUGGAAACUGUUUUGAAGACCGAGAGAGAGGCCUUGCAGCAAGAAAAGAGAACCAAUGCAAUUGCUACUGGCGAAAACCAGAAACUGCGGGAUGAAUUAGACAGAGUGAACUUCCUGCACGUCCAACUGAAGGGAGAGUAUGACGAGCUCCACUCCCACACCAAGGACCUGAAAACCUCCCUAAACAACUCGCAGCUGGAGCUGAACCGCUGGCAGGCUCGUUUCGAUGAGCUGAAAGAGCAAAACCAAAGCAUGGACCUCUCCAUGACCAAACUGGACAAUCACUGUGAGCUCCUUGCUCGCCUCAAGGGGAACCUGGAGGAAGAGAACCACCACCUUCUGAGCCAGAUCCAGAUGCUGAGCCAGCAAAACCAAAUGCUUCUGGAGCAGAAUAUGGAGAACAAGGAGCAGUUCCACGAGGAGCAGAAACAGUACAUAGACAAACUGAAUUCCUUAAAGAGACAUAAGGAAAAACUAGAAGAAAAAAUAAUGGAUCAGUACAAAUUCUACGAUCCUGCUCCAAAGAAGAAAAACCACUGGAUUGGAGCCAAAGCUUUAGUCAAAUUCAUCAAACCAAAGAAAGAGGGUGCAAGAGAGCGAUUAAAAUCAACAGCAGAGAGUCCCCCCUGCCAGCUGGAAUCCACAGAUGCCGCUUCUCCAUCUGCUUCCCAACUUCUCAGGUUGCAGCCAGAGAACCCAGAUAAUAUCCUUUCGGGGCCAGACUGCCCGGAAGAGAGAGAGAAUCACAAUGGACCCAUGGUGAAAGGUCCCAGUGACCCGAAGCAGAAGCGAGGCUCCCCACACCCGAACAGGAGCGACAGCUUUGAAGCCUCAGCAGACUGUGUUGGCAAGCACUGCCACGCGGAACUGAGCUCCCGGGCCUUCUCAACCCCUGCCAUCCACAUGACCCCAUCCACUUCUACACCCACUGCGAGACGCCCAAGCCGGCCCAAAGGUUACAAUUCAGAUGACAAUCUUUGCGAGCAGUCCCUUGCUGUCGAAGCUCACAGCAGCAAGCAACGCGCGUCCAGGCCUAAUAGUUUGGAGAGCAGUCGGAAUCCGUCCAGCAACAGCUCACCUCUGAACUUAAAAGGCUCUUCCGACUGGAUCCAUGGCAGAUCAGAGAGCUUCAGCAGUGAAGACCUGAUUCCAAGCAGAGAGCCGGCUACCUUGCCCCGGGACAGCUCUUUCAGCCGCUCCACCCCAGCCAGUCAGGGGCCGGGCCAUCGACAGGAGCUGGGCCUUCCCAGGAGCGCUCUGCUCCCCCAUGAACCGCCCCACAAGAGUCACCCAGCCCAUGUUCACCAUGGCCGGUCCUGCUCUGCCUCUCCGGGCAGUGAAAUGGUGACUCUGGAAGAGUUCUUGGAAGAAAGCAAUAGGGCUUCUCCAUCAAAUCGACAACCCAGCUUAAACGAGACUGAAAUGAUUUCAUUGCAGCAAUUUCUGUUAGAAGCUGAUGCGCUGUUCCCCUCUCGCCACUCCCCACCUCCUUCCCUCCACCACCAGGACCCCAUCCUUGGGCCUUCGAGUCGUGAUGAGAUGCUGAGGCAGAGCGCAGGGAGGGCCAGUCGGAGAGUCAACUCCCUAUAUAUCCCCAGGGACAAUGGCAAUAGCGGAGAUGACCUGUUGAACGGCUACUUCAGCAGAGCCAACGACCCACCACCCCUCAUUGGAAGCCAGCUGGGUCAGACUGCCAGGAAGGAGGGGUCCAGGAUGCCCACCAGCCUCGUGUCCCCCACCGUCAAAAUGGCUGUCCACACGGCCGAGGGGAGGCUCCUCAAACCGGGGCAGUAUGUGAAACCGAGUCCCAGGCAGCCCGAGGAUGAGUCCUCGGCUAAUGCUCCGGGUUCCCAGAGGCUGAAUAAGUCUCCUCAGAGUCUGCCGCCAGGCCGGCUGAAGCAGCCCAUCCCGGCCCCUCAGGCCGGCACCCCUGGCGCCACCAGGGGCACCUCCCUGAGCAGAGCAUUCAGCCUCGCUUCGGCGGAUCUGCUCCAUGCUAGUGGUCCAGAGGCGUAUGGGCACGAGCCCCCGCAGAAACCCGGGUCAGACACUCCUGGGAGCAGAGAGGUGGGUGGCCAAGCCACACGGGCAGCCACCCUGGGGAGCUCUCAAGCUCUCCUGAGGGACAGGCCCCAGUCUGCCAAGGCAGUAGCCUCCUCUCAGGGACUCGGCUCCCGCCACCGGCCGUGCGACCCGAGGCGAUUCUCCCUGGCACCGCCAAAAGACGAGCGGCCGCCGGCUCUCCAGCCGUCUUCCACGUCCCCCGCCAUUUCUGCCAGUGUCCAGCAGGAGCGAGGGAGUGCCUCCUCUGGGCAGGCCUUCUCCUCAAUGCCCCACACGCCCGCUAAGGGCAGAUCCAAGACCCUUCCGCGCCCUGGGGAGGUGGCCACCAUUGCGCCAGUCCGGGUGGGGCCCGGCCUCUCUGAUGGAGAAGGGUCUCAAGGCCAGAGCUCUGGGGAGGGCUGUGCUGCCAAAAGCCAGAGAAAGUCUCCUGACUCCACUCCUGGAACAGCUGGUCUCGAGGAAUCGGGCAGAGGGGCCACUCCGAAGAGUGCCCCCGCAUCUCCGGAGCCAAAUGGGGAGCAGCAGACGGUGUGGUACGAAUAUGGCUGUGUCUAACCGCAGAGGGAUGAUCUGGGAAAAAAGCACGUCUGUUGGAACUGCCAACAGCUUGGUCUAGUUGAACCACUGUGGUUUCUCCCCCACCCACCCCUUGAGGGUGGCGGUGGGGUGGGGCAGAGAUUGAAAUUGAGGGAGUGAUUUAUUUUCAUCCACUGUGCCAAGUCUGGAAAGAGCAAGUUUGGAUCACAUCAUGUUUUUUCUACUGCUUCCUGUAAUUUAUUUCUUUGGAACAGAGUCCACUUCUGCGUGGUAGCCAGUUAAAAUAGAAUGGCAAACUCACUUUUUUUUUUCUGGAAGCCAUCAUAAUCUCCCUUCCUCCUAUUAUUCCUACUGUCAAAAUACUGACAGAAACAACUCAUAUUUGCCACUGGCUGGUCUGGACUGAUGCAGAAGCCCACAGAAGUUAAUGGACAUCAGUUUAGAGUCCCCCUGGCCCAGGCCAGAACCUGCUCUCAGCCCCCUGGCCUUCUGGGCUGGGCAGAGCUGGCACUGUGAGACCCGGGUGGGAUUGGACAAGGCUUCCAACCACCCAAGAUUUGGGGCUGGGGUACUGGCACUGGUGGGUGGUAGUUUGGCACAUACAUUUGAACCAUAGACUACUGAGACUACAACGCCAAGGAGCCCAUCGGUUGGAGCCAAUCGCACAACAAUGUCUCCAAGAAGGGAACCGGGACCCAACUGGAUCCAAAUAGCACAGUAGUUCGGGCUGUGCACGGGCCGGAGCUAAACCAGGCCAGGCUUGAGGAUUCUCCAGUGCAGGGCUAGGUUGUGGCAGGUGUUCAACUCCAGCUCCCAAAUCUGCCCCCGGAGAUCCCUAGGAACUCGUGCUAGGGAAGAGGAAAAGACACCGAGGGGCCGAUAGAUGGAGAAUCCACAAAUUUAUAUUAAAGCUAUGUUGAACAGCUAGGUUUCACAGCUCCCCAACAUGGAGUCACUUCUCAGAGUGGUUUGUGCGUUGACGUGGGAACAGCAGCAAGCAGGGCUGAAGGUCAACAGGUUUGCAGGAUUCAUCUCUUGGCUCCCAGACCCUCUGGGCUUUGCCUUUUGUGUAAUAUUUAUAAGAACAUGGAUGUUGGGUCUGGAGAGACAGGUGAAGGGGCCAACCCCCUCUCCCCUUUCCUACCCCCCCAUCCCCCCGCUGGCAUUUGUAGAUAACGUGUAAGUGAAGAAACGAAGAUGUAAAGGAAUGCUGUGUACAUUUGAUUUUUUAACCAUUAGUCAUGCCUUGGGUCUUCUUGCCUUCCUGACUGCCCAGGGCUCUCAAAUGCAGAUGAAGCCUAUUUGUUAUCACUGAGUUACUUUUCGGGAUAGAAACCAAAAUUUUUUGUUUUCUUAAUAUAUAUUUUAUAUAUAUAUAUAUAAAUAUAUAUGCAGACACACAUACACAUGAGAAAAGUAUAUACUUUUUAAAAUAUAUAUAUUUAUGUUCCAGUGGAAGUUCCGUCAUUCAGGAGUCUUGUCAGUUGCUUUUGUACAUAGGAUGAGAUGUGUGUCUGGAUUCUACUUCCUGUUUGUUAGGGUGUUUUUUUCUCUGAUGUACUAAAUGCCCCCAGAAUUUUUUAAAUACUUUUUCUUUGGCAGUUGGUGAUUAAUAUGGUGAGACAGAGAUGGAAGAAUUUUUAAGCUAUUAAACAGAUCAAUUUAGGAGUGUUUUUGAUAAUGUUAUGUAGCAAUCAGUCACAUUCUGGAAUUCAAGGACGGGAUUGUAAUAAAAUUGUAAAGAAAUCAGAA